AUGUCCCUCUCGAUUGCCUUCUUCAAAAGCCUUGACCAAGCUCUCCAGGGCUACUCUCCUCCGCCGGAAGUCGCCCGUAAAGGUCCAGAUAGUGUGUGGAAAUGGCGUAAUAUGAUGGUUUCUUGGGUCCACGCGCUCCUCGUUGGUACAUGGGAUAUUUUAUGCUUUUACUACUAUCCUUCUUUGAUGAACGAUUUGGUGGAGCACGUAGUUCCAUUCACCUAUUACAUGGUAGCAAUUUCCACUGGUUAUUUCCUGUUCGAUUUUUGGGAUAUGUAUAAACAACGGAAGGUUUUCAAGCUCUUGGAGUUAUCGUUACAUCAUUUUGCGGUUCUCAGUGCCUUCAUCUACAACCUCCUCACGGUGAGGUUCAUCGGUUACACCGUGGUUGCCCUGCUGGCCGAGGUGAACAGCAUAUUCCUACACACUCGAAAACUGAUGCAAAUGCACCGAGUUUCGUUCACCAACCCUAUGUACCGACUUAACGCCGUGCUAAACCUGAUCACAUUCGCGGGCUGUCGUGGUUACUGUCUGUUCCGAAUCACCUACGGGAUGUACAUGGAGCCACAUCGCAUGUCUCCGUUCUACCUGGUUCUCUUGUGUUUCAGUAUGGGCAUCAUGAAUAUACUCAACCCGAUCCUGUUCUGGAUUCUGUUCCGCAACGAUUUCCUACGACCUCCGCCACCGCCCGCCGAGCGCCAUGCUGACAAAACCAGCUCAAAUGGGAAGCCAGCUCUUGUGAACAGUUGCCCUCCUUUGUGUUUUGGUCCACUAAGUUCAAAAAUCAAUGACAACGAGCUCAUUCUGUCAUGACCCGAUCUGAUCACCUAUCUGUUUUUCUUCAACUUCACAGGACUCUGCAGUAACCAGUUGCUCCAUGGCAUAACUAUGGAUUCUCUCUCUCUCUGGUGACGAUGAUCGAUGACCUCUUUAUCCUUAUUUUUCUCCUUUUUCCUGCCUAUGAUGUACAGAUGCUGGUGACGAAUUUCCCGAUGACUGUCUCUCACUCACUCCAUCGUGUUUUAAAAGUGCUUUCUUCCUCUAUGCGCAGAUUUUCUUCUGGUAUCAACAACGCCUUAUUUAUACACACACCGAUUUGAUUUUGACGAUAACGGUCUUGUGAUAAACACACUGCGUCCUACUCUUUCUCUUCCCGUCGUGUAAUGUGCCAGUACUCGUUUCUUUUGGUCUUCCUGGCUCGGUUUCUAGGCACAACACAGUAUAGCUUGACCUCACGGUUUCACUUUCCAACCGCUAACCAGUUCCCCUAUAGUCCUCCGCAUUUCCCCCUGUAUUGAUCAUGUAUCAACUAUGCUUCAUCAUGACAUGUGUGCUUUUUCUCAUGUUUCACAAAUAUGCCAGCAAUCUCCCUCCUUUAUCCCCCUAACCAUAGGGCGUAUCUUCUCUUUGUCUAUCCACUCGCUGCGGUUUUGGUGCUUUCGUGAUGCUUUACUUGCCACGGUCGUUAUUUUUCUUGUUCUCGCCACUUUUUUGUACAGCUUGAUGGAUAAACAAGACGGUCCAG